GCUGCGCAAAAUAAUAUUCGUAGUAGUGUUUCGCUCUCUUUCUCCUCUUUCGACUAUCCGUUACCUUCACCCUCCGCUUUUGCCGCGAAACUCAUGAAUAAGGGUUGGGACAUUCACCUGGGGUUGGGGGACUGCGACUUUUCCUUAACAACAGCAGCAGACACGCAUAAACAAGACAAGCAGGCACUGUCUGCGAUAUUAGCCGAUCGAUGUGAACAGCGAAAGAAGGCAACUGUUGAUCAAACUGACAGACAUGGUGCAAUUCGACGACGAAGCGAGGCAGUUAAUGAACGAGAUGAUGAAGGUGACGAUCCUCCAGCCGUCCGAGAAGCGCCGGAUGCUGGAGGAUGACAAGAAAACCUUCCUCGAUCCGAAUAUAAUUAUGGACGCGCGGCACAGAAUAUUUCGCGAAGAUCUGCACGAAUCUUUGAACAAAUCUGCUAUACUAGCGGAAGCCAGGAAAUUAUUGGCACAGGAGGAAAUGAGGGAACAGCAGCUGAAGAAAGAACAGGCUUUCGUGGAGAGGGAAUUGCGCAAAUUUGAGCAGGAUUUGCAAAAGUAUCAUCCGAAAUCUUGCGGGCCGUACACAUGCAGCAAGAAAAGCAUAGCUAAUUCGAGUGACGAGGAUUUCUGGAAGACGCCCGGUAGAGUCAAGCGAGUUCUCGUUAACAAGAGAAAAGGCAAAGCAGCCGAGCGAAAGGUGGCGGUAGUCAAGAAAGGGAGCAAGCAGGCAUUCGCGGAAGUUUCCGCUGCAGAGUCGAAGGACGCUGGUCAAUGUCCGAUAAAGGAGAUCGAAGGAGCACCCUUUGGUAGCAUCAAGGUGACCAUCAAAGAUAAGCCAAGCUGCGUGUCGAAGGAGCAACGGUCACGCAUCCUGAAAUCAUGCUUCGAUAUCCUGCGGGAGAACGCGCGAGACAAGCGGCGUCUUCGGGAAAUCAAAUUUAACAUCCAGGACAUUAUAUCUCGAGGAAGACUGAGGCGAUGUGUUCGCGUGUGGAGGACGCAUGUGGAGACCACGAAGAGGACUCGACAUGAGGAAAAAACAAACACAAAGGACUUCGAUGCUAGCAAGAUUGACACGUUCAUUAACACUAUCGUGGAGACGCAGGAAUUGAUAAAGUGCCGUAAAGUGAAUCCAAAAGAUCCUUCUUCGAGAGAUGGCAACGGAACGAGGGAUGGCAAGAAAAGAAUUCCAUCCUGUAAGCCGUUCGUCGUCGAGUCGCCGGCGCAGAAUCGCUUGAACGCUCAGAAGGAGAUUAUACGUAAGCAGAAGCUGAAACUGACCGAGCAGACUAAGCUUAUCGAGGAGCUGAAGUUGAAGCAGGUGCAGGAAGAGAUAACAAGGUCCGGUGAGCAGACAGUGAACGCCGCUAAGGAGACGCUGAUGCAUUGCGGUCAACAGACUAGAAGAACACUGAUCCAAUUAAUGAGACAAGCGGGUUACAGGGACAAGUCUCUGACGGCGCCGCUGCGCGUGCCGAGUCCACCGCAAUUUUUGGCGCGGAUGGAGGCGCGAGCUGAAGCGAGGCGGAACAGGGUAAAGUUGCGUGAAGAAGCGCGGCGGAAGAAGCUGGAGGAUGAGAGGAGGAAAGAAGAGGCCGCCCAGAGGGAGGAAGAGCGUGAGAGGAGAAGAUUGCAACUAGAGGCCCAGCGCGAAGUAAGAAGAAUGCGCGAGGAACGGGAGCAGCAGCGAGCACGCGAGAUAGAAAGAUAUAAGAAACUGAACGCCAUGGCGGAGGCGUUUUAUCGCAAGCACCUGUUGCGACGUUACGUAAUGCAGCCGUUCGUCGCACUCGUCGAAAGGAAGACCAAUUAUAUUAGCAAAGCGAACGACCACUACGAACGGCGUCUACUGCGUAAAGCGUUCAUCGGCUGGAGGACGGAGACGGAACAUCAAGGUGAAAUCAAGAUCGAAAUGGCCACGUCGUUAUACAACAGAAAUAUAACGUGGUGCGUGCUACAACAGUGGAAGGAAUUCACGAAAGAGGAAAAGAGAAAAAAGCAAGUGGCAAAGGACUUGUUUGACAUGAGACUGCAAACCAAGUGUUUCAAACUGUGGAAGAUAAAGACCGUGGAAUAUAAAGUGAAGCGACUCAAGAACGAGCGUUUGGCCUCGGAGUACUACAAGGAAAAAUUGAAGAUAAAAUACUUUCACAUGUGGAAACGAUAUCCCGAGAUAGCGUCCGCUAUCGCGGAGAGCGAGCGUGUAAAAAACGCUUGGCGAAAAAUAGUGCAAGAAGUGGUGCCAGAUUUCGAUCCGGGACAGAGAGGUGUAUUAAUAGAGGACUAAUAAGAGGGA